AUGGGCUUCUUGGGGAUCUACCGGGCCAUCUACGACUACACGCCCAAGGAGGAUGCCGAGCUCGCCAUCACGACGGGCGACCUGCUGUAUAUCCUCGAGCAGAACGACGACGACGGCUGGUGGAAGGCCAAGAAGAAGGCCGGCACCGACGACGAAGAUGAGCCCUCCGGCUUGGUUCCAAACAACUACGUUGAAAAGGUAGAGUCCAUCCUCAUUGCAGGCGCUUUGCAUCUCCCGAGCUCCCGGCCUCCGUCUCGACCCUUUACGUCAGCCUCCUGGAGCAUCUGCGAGGCUGCUCGGCCGACGGCUGCAAAUGCAGAGACAGUAGGCCACGCGCGUGCCAUUUACGAAUAUACCCGCCAAACCGACGAAGAGCUCUCGUUCCCCGAAGAUGCCGUGCUAGAAGUCUUCGACACCAACGACGAGGACUGGAUCCUUGCCGGUCUGGAUGGCGAGUAUGGCUUUGUCCCAGCCAAUUACAUCGAGGUGCAAGCUGCCGCUUCUGAAGCUGCAGCCGCGCCAGCGCCGCCAGCAGCUCCGGUACUGCCAAGACGGCCGCCCUCCCAAACCAUUGCUGCUCCUCCUGAAGAGGAUUCAACGCCGUCUGACGAGGCACCAGUUGCCAACCCGGCAGCCGCUCUCGCCAGUGUCAUCCAAAACCGGCAAUCUGUCAGGGAGCCUCCGACUUUACGUUUCAAAGAACCAGAGGUAUCAGAUGAAGAGUCUAUCAAGUCUCCUGCAUUGCCCACGCGACCGCGACCGCAGUCUCAAGCAUAUUCGCCCCCCGCAGAGUAUACGCCCAGACCUCAGCGAGAGUCACAGAUUGAAGCUCAGCCCAAAGGGCACCUUAUUCCUGGUGGAUUCCAUUUAUACAAUAUCAACGAGAUGGUGUCAGUCAUGGGCAAGAAGAAGAAGAUGCCAACAACUCUUGGCAUCAAUCUUUUGACGGGUACCAUCUUGAUCGCACCCGAGAAGGCUCAGGACGAUCCUCCCCAAGAAUGGACUGCCGAGAAGAUGACUCAUUACUCUCGCGAGGGGAAACACGUCUUCAUGGAGCUUGUUCGCCCCAGCAAGAGCAUCGAUUUCCAUGCCGGAGCUAAAGACACCGCAGAAGAAAUUGUGGCUUCUCUUGGAGAGCUUGCAGGCGCUGCUCGAGCAGAGGGAUUGAGAGAAGUAAUCGCGGCUGGCUCUCAAAAGCGACAGAGAAAGGGAACGGUUCUCUAUGACUUUAUGGCGCAGGGCGAAGACGAAGUUACCGUUGCUGCGGGCGACGAGGUGGCUAUUAUUGACGACACAAGGAGCGAGGACUGGUGGCAAGUUCGCCGCCUCAGAAACGGCAAGGAAGGCGUUGUGCCUAGUAGCUACGUCGAAUUCUCAGGUACCAUUACGCCGCCACCCGAGGGUCAAGCAGUAUCAAGAGCCAAGUCAACCGUGGAACAGAACCGCAUGGAGGAGAUGAGACUCACUAAAGAAGCAAUGAAGGCUAGCAAGGAGCCUCAGCAGGUAGGCCUAGAUAUGCGUUUGCCUAAACGAGGCAGCAGCCUCAUAACUCCGGACAAUGGUAACGUUUUGGGACAACAGCGGAAUCGACGCGAGAAUGGACGUACCGAUAGUGGCAGCAAUUCGGCGAGCAAAACAAAACCCGACCCAACCAAGGUGCGGACAUGGACGGAUCGAUCAAAGUCAUUCAGCGUCGAAGCGCAGUUUCUUGGACUCAAAGAUGGCAAGCUACACCUCCACAAGAUGAAUGGCGUGAAAAUUGCUGUACCCAUCGCAAAAAUGUCGCACGGAGACCUCGAAUAUGUCGAGAACAUCACCGGAAUCUCUUUGGAUGACGAGAGACCGCUGGCCGACGUCAAGCGAUCGUCGAGACCCCCGGAGCAAAAGAAGGCUUCUGCCGUUGGAGCAUCCAUUGACAAGAAGCCAGAGUAUGACUGGUUCCAGUUUUUCUUGUCUUGCGACGUGGCUGUUGGCCUUUGUGAACGCUAUGCUCAGGCAUUCACGAGAGACUCGAUGGAUGAGAGCGUGCUGCCAGAUGUCGAUGCCGGUGUUCUACGGAAUCUAGGACUACGAGAGGGAGACAUCAUCAAAGUAAUGCGUACUCUAGACACCAAGUUCGGCCGCAACAAAGCCAACGGCGACGGCGACGGCGGUCUCUUCUCAGGCCCAGGGGGAGCUUUGCGAAACAAUACAAGAAAAGGCCGGCCUGCCCCUGCUGUGCAAACUGGCGAUGUGGUUGAUGCGGCUGUUUUCUCGACCGGCCAGGAAGCGUCUAGCUCUGGUGAGGCUGCGGCCAAACCAGCCACUCCUGCAAGCCCGGCAAAAUCACCCAAGCGCCCGACAGGAGGGUUUGACGACGAUGCCUGGGAUGUGAAGCCAACGAAACAGGAGCAGCAGACAAAACCGCAGGCCUCGCCGCCGGCAGAUGCUCCCUCUGUCAACCCGACACCAGCGCCAGCUCCUGCGCCUAUACCUUCAGCGCUCACCGGAUCUUUGAAGGACCUCUCUCUACUGUCAGCGCCAUUAGAGCCUAGCAAGGUUGAGCCUCCAGCCCAGCCUCCUGCUGCCAACUUUGUUGGCGAAGCACAGCAAGCGGCUGCACCUGCACCUGCGCAGCAACAGCAACAGCAACAGCCACUGGGAGCAAGCCCGUCCUUCUUCCAAACAGUCCCACAACCAAACCAGGUGGUUUCGGCCCAGCUCCCUCAGCUUACCGGAGUCCACAUCUCUCCAAAGUCUCUGGGGAGGCAGCGACCCCUCGCGCCAUCCAUCUCGCCGCCAGUUCAGGGCUCACUCGGUGUGCCGCCACCACCGCAACGACCGCUCUCCGCCCCUCAGUCUACCCUCCCUCAAGGCAUAUUUGCCGCUCCUACGCUCCUCCCUCAAGUCACCGGCCUCGUUCAGGGCCAGGUUGCGCCACCGGGGCAAAGCCUCAACGACAUUACUCAAGCUCGGUUCCAACAGCAGUAUACCGCACAGUUCCAAAACUUGCAGCCCCAAUUUACGGGAUAUUCUGGGCCUCAGCCCCAGGCCCUGCAGCAAUUUCCCCAAGGCGCUCCUGGACAGUUCAUACAGCCUCAAUUCACUGGCGCGCCUGGCUAUAUUGACCCAAGCCGAAUAAGCCAGUACGGAGGUCUUCAAGCCCAGCCCACCGGCUUCCAACCUCAGCCCACCGGCUUCCAACCCCAGCCCACUGGCUUCCAACCCGGCCCAACACAGUCUCCCUUUGGCUCUGGCAGCAUUAACAACUAUCUGCCACCAGCUCUGCAGCCUCAACCGACCGGAUUCCAGAGCCUGCAGCCGCUCCAGCCAACAGGUAAUACAGAUGGAUUGAAACCACUGCAACCGCUCGUACCGCAGAAGACUGGACCUCCUCCGCCAGUGCGUUUUGGUGUAACUGAGACGAAGAAGCUGACGCCUCAGGCAACCGGCCGACGGGCCAACCUUUCUCAAGCAACUCCUGACAACCCGUUUGGUUUCUAG